AUGGCGGAGGAGAGGCUGCUGCGUAUCAAGCUCGUGCGAGCGACUGACCUCGUCCCUGCCGACUCCAACGGUUUGUCGGACCCCUAUGUGGUGCUCACCCUCAACGGCACCUCCGUGCGCAGCAAGACCAUCCCCAAGACCCUCAACCCUGUGUGGGAGGAGCUGUUCUCGCUGCCGGUGAAAGAUCUGGACGCGGACGUGCUGCACGUGCAGGUGAUGGACUGGGACAGGGUCAGCAAGGACGACCCGAUCGGCGAUGCCUCCGUCGCCCUGACCCACCUCGUCCAGGAAGUGGAGUCAGAUGUGUGGGCGCCGCUGACUAAUGUCGCAUCGGGCCGCGUCCACCUCACCCUCAUGCCCAUCAACUGCGGGCGGCAACCCGACGAGGGCAAAGCGAAGGAGGUCAGCGGAGACGUUUCGCCGCCGCAGAGCAAGAAGGAGAGGAAGCUCGCCAAGAAGGCGAAGAGGAAGCUACUGCUCACAAAGAGGGAGGAGCCAUCGCGUAACAUCAUCGACAUCGUGGUGCUCGAAGGUCUCGGCCUGGCGCGACCUGGCAAAAGCGCGAUCGACCCGUACUGCGUCGUGCGAGUCGGAAGCGCGGUCUACGUCACUUCAGUCAAGCGUGGAGCGGCCAGCUGUAUCUGGAACGAGGACUGCAGCUUUGAGCUGACGGGCGACGAUGCCAGCGAUGUGCAUAUCACCGUGAUCAACGAGAAAGGGAGCCACCAGCCCCAUACACUGGGCGGGUUGAGGGUGCCGCUGGCGAGCGUCCGAGACGAGAACGGAGGCGAGGCCCGCCUCUACCCGCUAGAACUGAAGGAGACUGCGGCCACGGGCUACCUCCGGCUGCAGCUGCAGCUCAACUCAGUCUCCACCGGCAUUCUGGCCCACUUCGGUGCGCCGCUGUGCGCGAGCAUGCCCAUGCGCGUGAAUGUCGGCGAUCUCCUGCUGUUCAGUUGCACGCACGUGGGCGCUGUGGUGACGAAAGUGGGUACGGGCAGCACCUGGGACCACGUCGCCAUGGUGGUCAAGCCGCAGUACGAUGAUGGCGAUGCUGAUCAGUAUCUCGGCGUGUUCGAAUCGUGCCCGUCGGGCGUGCGGGUGGCCCGCUACUUGGACUCCUACUGCAACGCCUACUUUGACGCGGGCGCCAAGAUCGCCUUGCGGCGUCUGACGGCCGAGCGACACGACCUGUCGCUCGAGGCGUUGACGGCGUUCGUGAAGCAGAUGGACGGCAAGCCCUACGAAAAGAACCUCAUGGAGAUGGUGCGGGGCACCAUGUCCCUCAACAGCGGCGAGGACCUCUCCGGCGUCUUCUGCUCCGAACUCGUCGCCGCCGCCUACCAACGGAUGGGUCUGCUGGAGGCUACGGUGUCGUCGAACAACUUCAUGCCGGGCCACUUCGGGAAGCCGCAGAUGCCGCUCCAGCGAGGCGCCUCGCUCGGUCCGUUGGUCUUUUUCAAGCCCAAGCGCAUCAAACCGGCCGCUCUUGCCGCCGCCAAGCUUGCCUCGCCUUCUUCAUCUUCUUGA